AUGGGUCUCAUCGGUCUUGCUAUCCGCACCAUCUUCAACAGCCAAGACAAUGGCGCUCGCUCUGGUGGCUGCUGCAGUCGCCGAAACCAAGCCCAACAACAACUCUACACAGGCUCACCCAACCCUGAAUACAUGAACUACACGGGUCGGUCCUCAUGCCACCAGCGCAAGAUGGAACGUCGUGUCCAAAGACAACUACAGAGAGCUGAGCGCACCCAACUUCGUGCAGAACAACAAUCGGACAGGAACUUUCAGAGGGCCAAGAGACGCCAGGCGGGCGUUAUGCUGGUCAAGCCGGGAGCACAGAGAGUUGGUCUUGUUGGACAGCCUCAAGUUGGGAGUGUCUCUGAUACUAGAAGCUUUCGGGACGAGCCUAAGGAGUAUUCUUAUGAGUUGGAUGCUAUCAACCAACAGCAUAUUGCGAAAGAUGCGCCGCCAUCAUAUGAUGAGGUUGUACGAAAGUAA